CAGAAAAUUCAGCUGAACUUGAGACUGCUCCUUGAUCGUUCUCUUCUCCCUCUUUCAGUGAAAGACCAUCGCUUUGCUCCUGCCGAUCUUCUAUUAGACUGUUGUUUAGCUCUUUCUAUCUAUUUGUCCUUUUUCUUUGGGUUGCUUUUCGUGCUUCUAAUUUCUGCUUCAACCGUCCAUGAUAAGCAUAAUCAAAGACAAUUUUAGAAGAGUCUUCAAACACUCUUUGCCGUCCGCCAUAGACAUAAUGUUAAAAGUGACUCAACUUUCUACGUAUUUAUUGCAUUUUGUUAGUCAUGUUCGACAUAUGCCUCAGUAAAAGGAAGCAUAUCAUGAAGACAUGCCAAAAUCCAGUUUGGAUAUUCUGAGGCCAAAGGGUCAAGUUCUUGUCUAUUCCUUCUCCAGAAAAAUAACCAGUAUGAGCAUAUCUGUCUUCCAUGAACUCAGUUUGUUGCAGAAGAGGGGUGCAAACCUGUUUGGUGGCGUGCAUGUGCGUGUAUUGGACGAAGAUCAGUUUAAAUCACUGAUUUUAGCUGUCGAUUCACUGCUUAAGCCAUCAAUUUCACCGUUUGGCAGUCAAUUUUUUUGAUUCAGCCGUCGAUUUCACUGGUUUAAACAUUUAAGGGAGUGUGUUGCUUCUCUGGAUCAAAGUACUUCUUUGUGUGUUUAACAGCUGUUAAUGGGACACGAAAUGAAAUGCAAACUGUUGAACCUACUGAGUUUCCAUUUGAAUUUCGAGCUUUAGAAGUAGCACUAGUAGGUGUAUGCAGUUAUCUUGACACUCAGACACGAGAACUAGAGACCGCUGCUUACCCAGCUUUAGAUGAGCUCACCUCCAAGAGAUGCCGAAGCAAAAUCGGGUGAAAAAUCUGUUCAAAUCAAUCAAAGGGAGCUCUUCACUUGCUCCAGAGCAGUCAUCACAUGCUCAGUCUCACGCUCAAGCUUCAUAUUCAUCUUCUGAUCGAGACUCUUUACGUCAUACACAACCCAUCAUUCCAUCUUCAUCAACUAAUAGAGUCUCGUCACAAAAUGGCAUUCCAGCUUCAUCAAUUAAUAGAGUCUCCUCACAGAAUCGCAUUCCAACUUCAUCAACUAACAGAGUCUCGUCACAGAAUGGCAUUCCAGCUUCAUCAACUAAUAGAGUCUCGUCACAGAAUGGCAUUCCAUCUUCAUCAUCUGAUGGAGUCUCUUCACAACCAACUACACGUAGACGAGUUACAGAUGACUCGGAGCCUCGUGAUUGGGUUGUCGAUGUUUAUAGAUGAACGUCAAGUGAUAAAAUCUAUUAGGUUGAAGGUUCAGGAUGUCCAUAACUUGGAGAAUGGAUCGCGUAUAAUUGUAGAAUGUGAUGAGUUUGCUCAACCUAUUGGAAAAUCAGCCGGCCUUCUUGCAGGAUUUUUGGGGCAGCUUGCUACAAAUCCUCAAUACUUUCCUAUUGGCUUCGAGAGUUGGGCAUCCAUGCCUAAGCCUUUUGUGAACCGUGCUUUUAAUGAUUCGUAAUGUCUCGGUUUUCCUUUACGAGUGAUCCGCAAAAGGUAAAAGGUUGGAUUAACAAUUCACUUAACAAAAAGUGGAAGGAAUUCAGGCUUAAACUAUAUCAUGGGGCUGAGGAUCCAUUGUUGAGUAAAGAGGAUAUCAUCAAGAAUGUUCCAGAAGGCAUUCCCAUGGACCAAUGGGCAUUGUUUGUUAACUAUCGUUUUAAAGAGGAAACAAAGGCGCUUUGCUUGAGAAAUCAAUGGAUUCGAGGACAACAAACACUUCCCCAUACUAGUGGUGCUAUGAGUUUGGCUAGAAGAAGGGCUUUGAUGAAGAAACAGGGAAAAGAAGUUGAUCGCGGCAAAGUGUGGACUGAGACUCAUAAGAGGAAAGAUGGGAGUUAUGUGAAUGAUCAAGCUAGGGAGAUUGGGGAAAGAAUUGAAGAAAUUCGAAGACAGAGACCAGAAACUCGGGCAGAAAUUUCACCGAAUGACGCGCUUGGUGUAGUCUUCGGUCCCGAGCACCCUGGCCGUGUUCGAGGCUUAGGCAUGGGUGCAGUUCCAACUGUAGUAUUCAAGCAAACAUCAAGACAAGGUGGUUGUUCUUAUAUGGGCGCAGCUAGCACUAGUGCUCCACCUCCACAAUGGGUGCAAGAGAUGGCAAAUAUGAGAUCACAAUUAAAUGCGCUAACCAGCUUAUUUCAAAUGAAAAUAGGAAAUAUCCCCGAGGAGUUUGCUCACUUAUUUCCGACUCCUUCACAGGCACCCAAUCUAGGAGAUGGCGUUCCGUCACCAACUGGGCCUAGAAGAUCCUUUGACGGAAGUAACUAUGAAAAUGGAGCAGGCAACAAUUAGUAAUCAUUGUUAGGAUGAACUAUGUUUUUUUGUGUUGUAACUAUUGAGUAACUCUCUUAACUCUCUGCACCUUAAACUUGAAUCUUGGAUGAUGUAACUAUUGAGUAACUCUCUUAACUCUCUACACCUUAAACUUGAA